CUGAUCGUGUUAACGAGAGUUCUCAAGAUGAUAAAAAAAUCGAAAUAAAUGAUCCUUCUGAAUAUUCAUUGAAAAGUAUAGAUAUGGGAUUAGAAAUUGGUGAUCAACUAUUGGAAUCACUAAAAAAAAUUUGUCCAACGUUAUAUGGAAUGUGUGAAGAAUGCUAUCAGCCGAAUACAGAUGAGUCAUGGAAAUGGUAUUAUGAACAUACUGCACCAGCCUCAGAAAUAUCAGUGAAUAUUAAGGAAAUCGGCAAUGGAUCAGAGAAUUCUUUUGUUACAAAUACUUCAGAAAUCAAUAGAUUAAAUUACGAAACUCAUCCACAAGCAUUUUAUAUAAGUCGACCAAUUGAUACGCAAGAGAUUGCAGCAGUUCUAAAUCUAAAUG